CACAUGACAGCUUAACUCGGUCGAAGCAGAGCUGUGUGUCAUUUCGUUAUUAAGGAUAUCGUUGAAUUAAUCAUAAGAAUAUCUGUACCUAGGAUUCUGAGGGAGUUGACGAAUUAAAGCUAGAGUUAGGACCUUUCAGGACUGCUGUGAUGCUGCGACUGCAAGCACAGGUCUCUAAACUCUGCCUUGGAGGAAGGAACCAACUGCUCUCAGAAGUAGGGGCCACAAAAAGGCCUUGUCAUGGCUUCCGACUUCCAAAGGGAGUCGCAGCAUACUCGGCACAUAGUGCGAGUGUUGUACCUAAGACUGAUGAACGGGUGAUUAAGAAACUUAUGGUGGCCAACAGAGGUGAAAUUGCCAUUCGUGUGUUCCGAGCAUGUACGGAAAUGAACAUUCGUACUGUGGCCAUUUACUCAGAGCAGGACAUGAUGCAUCUGCACCGACAGAAAGCCGAUGAAUCAUAUAUUAUAGGCAAGGGUCUGCCUCCUGUGGCUGCCUAUCUAAACAUCCCAGAUAUCAUCCGCAUAGCCAAGGAGAAUGAUGUUGAUGCUAUACAUCCAGGGUAUGGCUUCCUGUCAGAAAGAUCAGACUUUGCACAGACGAUAAUUAAUGAAGGAAUUAAGUUUGUGGGGCCGUCCCCAGAGGUAGUACGCAAGAUGGGGGACAAAGUUGAGGCCAGACAGGCAGCUAUUAGUGCAGGUGUUCAGGUGGUACCUGGAACAGACAGUCCAGUACAGUCUAUAGAAGAAGCUAAGGAGUUCUGUAAGCAGUAUGGCCUACCUGUCAUUUUCAAAGCUGCUUAUGGUGGUGGAGGAAGGGGCAUGAGAGUUGUCAAGAGUUUCAAUGAGAUUGAGGAGAAUUUCAAAAGAGCUUCUUCUGAAGCUGAGGCAGCAUUUGGAAAUGGUGCUUUAUUCUUGGAGAAGUUCAUAGAGCGUCCGAGACACAUAGAGCUCCAGAUCCUAGGUGACCGAGAAGGAAAUGUUGUUCAUUUGUAUGAGCGUGACUGCUCUGUACAGCGUCGCCAUCAGAAAGUGGUGGAGAUAGCCCCUGCCCCACACCUGUCACCAAUCAUUCGCGAUAAAAUGGCAUCUGAUGCAGUUGCACUUGCUAAACAUGUUGGCUAUGAGAAUGCUGGUACAGUGGAGUUCCUGCUGGAUAACAAUGGCAACUACUACUUCAUAGAGGUCAAUGCCAGGCUUCAAGUGGAACACACAGUUACAGAGCAGGUCACAGGGGUUGACCUGGUGCAGUCCCAGAUAAAGAUAGCAGAAGGUUAUACCCUCCCACAGCUUGGUCUUCAGCAAAAGGACAUAGACCUUCAUGGCUACGCCAUACAGUGUAGAAUGACUACAGAGGACCCCGCCAAGAACUUCCAGCCAGACACUGGUCGUAUAGAGGUGUUCCGCAGUGGAGAGGGAAUGGGCAUACGACUUGAUGGUGCUUUAGGAUUCGCUGGAGCUAUUAUCUCCCCUUAUUACGACUCGUUACUGGUGAAGGUGAUUGCUCACGCCUCAGAUCACCCAUCAGCUUGCGCCAAAAUGUUGCGGACUCUCCGUGAGUUCAGAAUACGUGGUGUAAAGACAAACAUCCCAUUCCUGUUGAAUGUUGUUCAGCAUCAGCAGUUCCUAUCAGGUUCUGUAGACACUUACUUCAUUGAUGAGAACCCACAGCUCUUCUCCUUCGAGCCCACCCAGAAUCGAGCCCAGAAACUACUGCACUACCUAGGACAGGUGAUGGUAAAUGGACCACAGACUCCCCUCGCUACACCACAGGAACCGUCUGAAAUCAUUCCUUCAGUCCCUGAGAUUCCCUUCAUUGUAGUGGAUGAUAUCAGAAAUAAUGUGAAGUCCCCGCCAGCAGGAUGGAGGGAUGUUAUUCUAAAGGAGGGUCCUGAGGGAUUUGCUAAAAAAGUCAGGCAGCAUGAAGGUCUGUUGCUUAUGGAUACAACCUUCAGAGAUGCGCAUCAGUCGCUAUUGGCAACACGAGUCCGAACUCAUGACCUUAAAAGGAUAUCGCCAUAUGUUUCGCACCGCUUUAGUAACCUCUACAGCUGUGAAAACUGGGGAGGGGCCACUUUUGAUGUAGCCAUGAGAUUUUUGCACGAAUGCCCAUGGGAGAGACUUGCAACCCUGCGCAAGUUAAUCCCCAAUGUCCCAUUCCAGAUGCUGCUGCGGGGGGCAAAUGCUGUGGGCUAUACCAACUACCCUGAUAAUGUUGUGUACAAGUUCUGUAACUUGGCUGUACAACAUGGUAUGGACAUCUUCAGGAUAUUUGAUUCACUGAACUAUAUGCCAAACAUUAUAGUUGGAAUGGAGGCUGUUGGAAAAGCUGGUGGGGUAAUAGAGGCCUCAAUGUCCUAUACUGGUGAUGUGUCAGACCCCAGCAAAACUAAGUACAACCUGCAGUACUACUUAGACAUGGCUGACCAACUCGUUAAGGCUGGUACUCACAUCCUUGGUGUCAAGGAUAUGGCAGGUCUACUGAAGCCACCGGCAGCCACCUUGCUGAUCGGAGCACUGCGGGACCGCUUCCCUGACAUCCCCAUCCAUGUUCAUACACAUGACACAGCUGGAGCUGCUGUGGCCUCCAUGUUGGCAUGUGCUCAUGCAGGGGCUGAUGUAGUGGACGUGGCUGUUGACUCAAUGUCAGGAAUGACCUCCCAGCCAAGCAUGGGUGCUGUGGUAGCUGCCCUAGAAAGAUCUGCAUUAGAUACAGGAAUAAGCUUACCUGAUGUGUCAAAUUACUCAUCUUACUGGGAACAAACCAGGAACCUGUAUGCUCCAUUCGAAUGCUGUGUAACAAUGAAGAGUGGAAACUCAGACAUCUACAACAAUGAAAUUCCAGGUGGCCAGUACACCAAUCUACAGUUCCAGGCCUUCAGUCUUGGUCUGGCAGACCAGUUUGAAGAGGUGAAGAAGACAUACUCUGUAGCCAACAAACUCAUGGGAGAUAUCCCUAAGGUUACACCUUCCUCCAAAGUGGUGGGAGAUUUGGCACAGUUCAUGGUCCAGAACAAACUCAGUGCAGCUAUGGUGGAGGAGAAGGCAGAUGAGUUGUCCUUCCCUGUAUCGGUUGUGGAGUAUUUCCAGGGCUUCCUAGGUGCCCCUCCAGGUGGAUAUCCUGAGCCUCUGAGAACAAAGAUUCUGAAAGACAAGGAGAGAAUUGAACACAGACCUGGAGAGUCACUGCCUCCCAUGGACUUUGAUCAACUCAAAACAAAUUUGGAGGAGAAGCAUGGCAAUGCCGUGCGCGAUGUGGAUGUGAUCAGUGCUGCUCUGUACCCGAAAGUCACAGACAAGUUCCUUGAGUUCCGCAGUAAAUAUGGUCCUGUAGAUUGUCUGGACACUAGGAUGUUCCUCAUUGGUCCCAAGAUGGCACAGGAAAUAGAGGUUGACAUAGAGAAAGGCAAGACCUUGUCUAUUAAGACCUUGGCUGUUGGAGAUCUCAACAAACUUGGCCAGAGAGAGGUAUUCUUUGAGUUAAAUGGACAGCUGCGCUCUGUCAUCAUCACAGAUAGUGAGGCAACAAAGGAGCUAAGUGUUCAUCCAAAGGCACAAAAGGGAGUUAAGGGUUCCAUCGGGGCACCAAUGCCUGGGACGGUCCUGGAAGUGAAGGUCAAGGAGGGAGACAGGGUCUCCAAGGGUGACCCCAUUGUUGUUCUUUCAGCAAUGAAAAUGGAGAUGGUGGUCAAUGCACCUGCUGAUGGUGUUGUCAAAAGUGUGGCAGUGGCACUCAACACAAAGUUGGAGGGAGACGACCUAUUGUUAGAAAUGGAGUGUGAGAAAGAUUAACGCUUCAUUAACAUUGAGUCUGCUGAUCACAUACAACCAGUUCACUAACAACUUCAUCAGAUACUCUACUACUCUAGAACUGUUUGCGUCUGUAUUUGUAAAGUCUAAUAGUUUUAUUUUCCAGUUUCUCGACUGUGACCUUCCACUAUCUGCUUCAACACCUAUCAGAAACAUCGUUUUAAUCAGAAUUAUUUACUGGGGAUUGAUUUAAACAAGACGUGACAUGAGCCAUGAUUAUUAGUUUACAUCAACACUAUAAUGAUGAAUUUCACUGCUUUAAGAGUCGCCAUUAUCAUUCUGUAGACACAAACAUCUUGGGACCAGUACUACCUAGAUUUUUUUUUAAUGUGGUUUUUAUCAAGGCUCAAAGAUAUUUUUCUUUUUUUUAUAUCUUUUUUUUUUCAAUCAACCUUUUCUUGAAAGAAAAUUGUCAUUUCAAGACUUGAAGAAAUUGUCAUAAUGAUUGUCAAAACUAAUCCCAAUGAAUUGUUCAGUUAUCCGUUUCACAAUGUCUUUUCAUUGUGUUAAAUUUUAUUCAAGAUGGGUACCCUGGUUAUUUACUGAAUUUUUGUUAAGAGAGAAGGGUGGCUGGGCAGAAAAUUCACCAUAGUAAACCAAAUAUAUUCUCGGAUAUCUACACAACAGCAUUCAUAUUUCACAUUGUCAUGGGGAAGUGAAGGCCUAUAUCCAUGUUUUACAUUGUUGUAGGAAAGUGAAGGCCCAUAUCCAUAUUUGACAUUGUCAUGGGGAAGUGAAGGCCCAUAUCCAUGUUUCACAUUGUCAUGGGGAAGUGAAGGCCUAUAUCCAUGUUUUACAUUGUUGUAGGAAAGUGAAGGCCCAUAUCCAUAUUUGACAUUGUCAUGGGGAAGUGAAGGCCCAUAUCCAUGUUUCACAUUGUCAGGGGGAAGUGAAGGCCCAUAUCCAUGUUUCACAUUGUCAGGGGGAAGUGAAGGCCCAUAUCCAUGUUUCACAUUGUCAUGGGGAAGUGAAGGCCCAUAUCCAUGUUUCACAUUGUCACGGGGAAGUGAAGGCCAAUAUCCAUGUUUCACAUUGUCACGGGGAAGUGAAGGCCCAUAUCCAUGUUUCACAUUGUCUUGGGGAAGUGAAGGCCCAUAUCCAUGUUUCACAUUGUCACGAGGAAGUGAAGGCCCAUAUCCAUGUUUCACAUUGUUGUAAUAAAGUGAAGGUCCUUUGGCUUCUGGAAAUCCAUACCUUUUUAUGUCAAAGAUUAUUUUCUAUUUUGAACAUUAUAGGUCUAUGUAUGUUUGGAUCAUUUCUUUUCACAGCAUUGUGUGCUUUAGUACUUGAAUCAAAUUUGGAUUUUUCUCAAAAUUAAUAUAUGUAAUUGAACCGUACAGCCUAUAAUCCUUUGUCAACAAAGGUGCUGCUUUAUAUUUUUUGAUGAUUGUUAUAUGAACAAUAGAUUGUGUUAGGAGGUAUGUAGAUAUAUUUGUAGUUUUUAAACUACCACAUAUACAUAUAAAACGUGCUAAUUAUUUCAUUUGCAUUCAAUUUCAUAAUCUACUUUUAUUUACAUAACAUAUAAAUUCUACAUUUCUUGGGCAUUUUCUCAAGCUAACGGCAUUUGUAGUAGUUAUUUUUCUAAACUGUUUUAUUUUUUUAUACAGAUGAAAUUGACUGUUGACAACUUCAAUGUAACUUCAUAAAUGCUUUCUUUUAACUAUCACUGAUCAGCAACAGUAAAGAUGUGUACCAUACUACAUUAGGUGGAGUUUGUUAAAAUAUUUCCUAAAUGAUGUAUGGAAUUUCCAUUACAAAAUAUUGAUAAUAACCUCGAUUAUUAAAAAUCUAGUCACAGCCAUUUCAAAACCUUUGUGGAAAUGACUUUACGGGAUCAGAAUGCCAAAAUCUACUGUCAGUAACACUCAACAAAUAUGAGAAUCUCUCACUACAAAUGUAUGACUUACUGCCAUCUAUUCUUACUGUCAUAUUUCUGUAUUCACCUGAUGCAUUUAAAUAUCAAUGUUUAAAAAUAUUUCUUGAAUAGUGUGUGUGAUCUAGUUGAAAAAUAUUUAGUUUGUUAUAUAUUAUUAAAUUUUUUUUAGACUUACGAAUUUUUUACAUCUGAGCCUACGAAAUGAUACGGGUAAUAAUAAAAAAGGAUUCUAGUUUUCUUUGUGUUCACCAGUGCUCAGAACUGUUAACUAGUAUGUGUAGUGUAUACAUAUCAAUAUCACCACUACAGGCAACAGUAUUUUCAAAAUUAUUCUAAAAGAUGUAUCAUUUUUCAUUUAUAUCGGUCCAGACUCAAAAAAAAAAAAAGGCAAAACAGAUAAAUUAGACCUUAUGGUACAGGUCCGAAGGUGUGCAGGUAGUGUUGAGUUCACCAGUUCAGAUAUACCACAAUAUGUCUUAUUGUCAAAAAAUACACUAUGUACAUCUAUAUAAAAGAUUAUACAGCUGGUAUGUACUGAACAGGACACUGAUUCAUUUAAAUGUAAAGAUAGGAUAGGGCAUGGGAGUGGGGUUGGGGGAUGAUUAUACAAUAGGUAAAGUUGGUGUUCAUUUCAUAAAGAUGGCGAACUGGGACAUGGUAAUAAUGAUAAUAUUUCAUGGCACAUGAGCUGUUUUUCAAUGCUAACUCAUUUGAAGUAAGGACCAGACAAAGGAGUUACUUUCUAAUAUACAGGGGACAGGGCUCUUUAUCUUUAAUGAUGAGAAUAAAGGUUUUUUUUAAAAAUAACAAUGUUAUUGUUUUAGAAAUGUAAAAAGCAUAAUAUAACUUUGGAAAUUAAAGACAUAUCCAAGGCGAGAGGUGGUUUUGUUUAUAACAUGUAGAUGUCUUCAUUUGAAGUAUCUUCAGAAUUAGUCUCUUAUUUUUUAGUAUUAUUUGCUAAGCAAUGUUUCCUGUUGAAAUUUAAUUUUGUAUUUAAUCUUUUGAAAUGUAUAAAUGCAUAAUUUAUAAAUGUUUUGGUAACAACAGAUUGUUUUAGGGUUGGGGUUUGGGGGUUCUGGGUAGUGUGGAAAGACUAUUAACUAUUUUAUCAUAUACACUUAGAUGUCUUUGCCUUCACUUAGAACCUUAUUUUGUUAUUCAAAUAUUAUAAAGAAAAUCAAUGUUUCCUUUAUUUGAAAAAAUAAAUAAUGGAGAGUUUAUUCUUUGAAAUGUAUAAAUGCAUAAUACUGUAAUGAAUUGAUUUAAAAUUUUGAUUUUGAAUUCUCAAGGUAGGAAAUUUUGGAAAUUUCACUUUAAAUCAGCCAAAUUUGAGAAUUUUGGUUUGUUGGAAUAUAUCCACAUUGUGUUUAAUUAUGCAAUUUUGUUUACUUGAAUAUGAGUUAUUACAAUUGCAGCAGAGUUAUUUCCCUUCAUUGUGCCACCAAACUUAUCAACAUGCCACAUGACUUUGGAGGCAGAUCACAAAGCAUUACAGUGAAGAUAUGUGUCUGAACAGAAAACCGUGAACUUCUAAAAGUCAUAUUAUGAAGUACCUGAAUGCACUUUAACAGUUAAAUUGAAACCAAAAAUUUUAAACUGGACUAAAACAGUACUUGAUUGAAUAUUUGUUACUUUGUUGUUAUUCUUGAUACUCUGCUGAUCAGGCAUUAUCAGCUUAAAUCCCCAUUUAUGAACAGCACCAUUUAGUGGUUUGAAUUUAGGUGUCAUGGUUAUUGUUUACAUGGUUGCCCCAAUGACAUGUCUAAAAUCACCUCCAUCUCCAAAGAGUUCCUAAUCACAUGAAGUAUAUUGGUUGUGGAUGGACUGCAGAGGUAGUAACAUCCUCUGUCAGUAACUUUAAUCUCAAUGUUUUAUAAUGCCUCCUUUGCUAGUUUGAGUGUUUACAGAGAUGGUUUAAUCAUAUUAUAUAAUAGGAAAACAUAUAAUCAGAAAUACUUGAUAAAAGCAGGAGAAAAAUACGCUCAACAUAAAAAUGACAUUCCAUCUACUUAAGAAUAACACUAUGAUAAUAUCAGUUUAUAUGUAUACCACAAGUUAUCUGUAAAUGCUAAUUUUCCAGCUUUAUAUCAGUCGCCAUGUUACUGUAAAUGGAAUAGGUUCAGCCACUAUGAUAAUUUCAAUAAUUAUCAAUUGUGUUUUAAGUUUUAAUUACUUCUUUGAUAUUUUCUAAUGAAACAGUAAUAAGUGCUUCUAAUUUAUUUAUUUUUAGUUUUUUUUCUAUGCAUUUUUCUUUACUCUCCCAUACCAUAUGUACAUCAUACACAUGAAUCAAAGUACCAUCUUACCAUUGGGAGUGUAGGAAGUUGAUACUCUAUGUUAUAUGUCAAAUGUUACAUGGUUCAAUCCACAAGUUAUUUUGAUUCAUUAAUAUAUAUAGAAUAGAUAGAAUAGUGCUAUAGACAUGUGUAAUAAAUCAUCUGAUAUUUUGAUAAUUGGAAAUUGUGUGUGUGUGCUUCCCCAAGUGUUCCCCAUAUAUAUAAAUACAUGUACAUACUAAAUACUUAAUAGACAAGAGGAAAAACAGUCUUUCUCACGAGCCAUAGGUAGUUCAUUUGACCUACAGUACAGUGUACCAUUAAUUCAUACACAUCCUAAAUGUGAAGUCUUCCCAGCAUAAUUGACACAACCACAUUUAAGGUCCAUUUAAGCCCACAUAGAAUAUAUUUAUUAAAGUAUAACAUUCAUUUCAUUAAGUGCUUUUCUUUAUUUUCAUUCAGAAUUGACAUGAUACAGGUAAACGUUUUGGACAUCUCACCUGAUGAAAGUGUUUUGAUACAUUUGUAUUGACUGGAUAAUAUGCUUCAACUCUACCAGGUCAAUUGAUUAUUUUUCAGUCCAUACAACAGCAUAUUCACUAGACAAUAAGUCCAUAAUGAUCUAUCAUUGUAUAUCAUUUUGUUAGGUAACCUAUAUUUCAGAAAAAAAUUACCCCAUGUAACUCAAUUUUUUUUUGAUAAAUGUGCUUAUUCUCUGAUGAAUAAGGUAAGUGAAAAUAACUUAGAUGAAGAUUUUUCCUUUAUUGUGUCUUUGCUAUUUUUAGUAAUGGAGUCCUGAUUUCUGUAGGUGUUUUCACUUAUAUAGGUCAAAUGUUGCAUUGUACAUAUUAUAUAGAUUAAGGACGAAACAGAUUUAAACAGAAAAUUUCAUUAUAUUAUGAACUUUACCCAGGUAACAGGUCAGUAGAAUAUCCACAGAGGAACACUGUACAAUAUAUACAUUAUGGUAUCAGGUGUUUGCUGUAGAAUUACACCCCAAUAUUUCUUUCAUGAUUACUCAUUUUGUUACAUAUAUUUAUGAAAAUAUAUAUAUUGGAUUUGUUUGUAGAUGUUCAUGUGACUGUGAGAAAACCCAAUUUUUUUUUUCUUGACUUAAAGUACAACCUGUUCUGUGUGUUAAUAACAGAGAGACUAUCCAUGUUAUUCUUUGUUAUUGCUGAUGUUGUUUGUGUUUGCAUGUGUCUUGUUUUCUCUUUGAUUGAAGCUAUGUGUGGAAAUAUAUAUAGGAAAAAGUGAACAAUGAAAUUGAA